AUGAACACCAUGAAUACAACGCCAGAGCAAAUCUUCAACAUUGAGGAUGCCCUGGUGUCGGAGGCCAACCCCGCACGCCUCAAUGGUCCCCUCGAUUAUGAGCGCUGUGCGAGGCUACACAACUACCUGGUUGCGUAUGGAUGGAUGGCCCGCCACGGACAAGAGACGCCCAAUCUCGAUGAGUUAGCUAGUCAACCCUUCAUUUUCGCAGACGAAGAUACACAGGCUGUUCGCGAACGACUCCACCCCUCAGUGAAUUCCUUCCUGGAUUCGAUAUUCUCGCCUGAGCCAGGCUUCUUUCACUGGAUAAAUGAUAUCUCAAUGCAGUUGGUCGACAAUAUUUUUCCGGGUGAGGACAACGACUUAGACGACCUGGAACGCUUCGUUGUUAUUUAUGGCACUGUGCUUGAGUUAGGCUCGCAUUGUGUCGGGGUCGUCUAUGACCAGCAGCUGCACCGUGCUGCUUUCCCAAUGACCCUUGAAAAUCUGGAUAGUGUGGAGCCAAUCGGCGAGCAUGAGGAUAUGUGGUUCCCACUAGAAACGAUCCUUACCAACUGGAUUUAUAUGCUUCGGAUCGGUAAAAUCACGGCUGAUUCACCGGAGGGCGAAGCGCCCGAAGAACUGGCAAAUUCACGGUCGCAAAUUGGACUCUGGUCUUGGCUUCCAUAUUGUCCUAGUCAGGUUGAUAGUACUGUGGCUGCUAUAGAUCGGUACUCGGCGGCUAUCGAAGCUAGAAUGCCCUCUGGAUCACUUUUGCCUGUCUCCAGAGAUGCGCCACUUUUCACAGACGUAGAGCUUGAUGCGGCGUCUAUACCGGAGGAGUGCUUCAUUCGUUCGGUUCUGACGAGAAUGAAAACUCCCCGUUUCAAAGCCAUUGCGCCCGGCUUGGAGGUUCCGCACGAUACCAUGGCUUUCACGGCUCGGCAGAGGUUUACGGGGGUACCUCGCGAACAGGAGGAAUGGGGCAACAAUAUCCCGCCCGUCCUAAUCUUCGCAGCUGCAGAUAGUAGCCGCACAGUCGGUUUCGGGGAGGAGAUUCGAUGGCUUUUCUUUGCACCCGGAGAUGAGAUACCAUUCAACGAUAAUGAUCUUAUUCCAACGGGGCUGUAUAGUGAGUCGGUACGGCGGUGCCAAUACGAUAGUGAGGAAGCGGGCUUCCGUCUAUUACUACCUUUCCGGGAUCACAAUGGAGCGAGAAUGAGUGAUGGGACAUCAAUUUCGCCAGGGUCUGUCACACAACUCUUUCAACAUGGUAUUUUCCAUCCGUUUGGUGGUGAAAGACGGGCUCAGAGAUUGGAGAGGCUGAUAGACCGGUGGAGAGAACUAGUAGAAAGUGGUGUUUGGACGGUUGGAAGAGACGGCGUAGAGGGAACAAUUGAUCAAUUCCAUAUAGAUAGUGCGAGGAAUUACUGGAUUGCUCCUGACUGGUAA